ACUUGUGUUUCGCAGGGGAGACGAUCAAUGCGUUGUUUACAGUAAUGCAAGUUGCCGUCCUCGUUGUGUCCGGUGUCAGCCGACUGCUACAAAGCCAUCCUCAUCAUCAACAGACGUCUCUUCAAGAAUAAUAAAGAUGGCAGACCAUGCGCCGUGUGUUGCCUUGGACGCCGUCCUUAAGCCGAGCUGCGACCUCCCGGAGGACACGCUGAAGAUCAGAGGCUACGACUUCAACCAGGGGGUUGAUCUCCAGGCAGUGCUGAAGUCCUACAUCACCACGGGCUUCCAGGCCAGCAGCUUGGGUUUGGCCAUUGAGGAGAUCAACCUCAUGAUAGAGAAGCGUCUUGAGCCGGUGGAGGAGGAUGAAGGGACUGAGGGUAUAGCGUUGGAUGAACACCGCAGCAAGUCGGGCUGCACCAUCUUCUUGGGUUACACCUCAAACCUCAUCAGCUCCGGAAUCAGAGAGAGCAUCCGCUACCUGGUGGAGCACAAAAUGGUGGACGUGGUUGUGACCACAGCUGGAGGCAUAGAGGAGGAUUUCAUCAAGUGUUUGGGUCACACAUACUUGGGAGAAUUCAGCAUGUCUGGCAAGGAGCUCCGCAUGAGGGGCAUCAACAGGAUAGGAAAUCUGUUGGUGCCCAAUGACAACUACUGUAAGUUUGAAGACUGGGUGAUGCCCAUCCUGGACCAGAUGGUGUUGGAGCAGAACACAGAGGGCACCCGUUGGACUCCCUCCAAAAUGAUCCAUCGGCUUGGCAAGGAGAUCAAUAAUCCUGACUCUGUCUACUACUGGGCCUACAAGAAUAACAUUCCAGUGUUCAGUCCUGCUCUGACGGACGGCUCUCUGGGUGACAUGAUCUACUUCCACUCUUAUAAGAACCCGGGCCUGGUGUUGGACAUAGUGGAAGAUAUUCGCAGGAUUAACAGCCAGGCGGUGUUUGCCAAAAGGACGGGAAUGAUCAUCCUUGGAGCCGGGGUGGUCAAACACCACAUAUGCAACGCUAAUCUUAUGAGGAACGGAGCUGACCAUGCGGUUUUUGUGAACACGGGUCAGGAGUUUGAUGGCUCUGACUCUGGGGCCAGACCUGACGAGGCCAUAUCCUGGGGCAAGAUUAAAAUGGAUGCCAAACCUGUGAAGGUGUAUGCAGAUGUCUCUUUAGUCUUCCCUCUGAUUGUGGCCCAGACCUUCGCUCUCCACGCUGACAAGCUGACUGCCGGCAAGAAGACAGAUUAAAUGGUUUAGAAGCUGUGAUUUAUUUCAGAUAAGCUGGGGCAUGGCACACCAUCACAUCACUUGUAUAUUACUUCCCAGUUUUUUUUGUCACAUUUACACAGGAUGGAAGCCGUCUGAAUAUCUUAAUAAAUCAUAAAUGAA